AGGCUCCAGCAGUCUCGGAGAAACACACACUCCGCUUCUUCACUCGUCAUGUUUCUUGUCCUUCUCUCGCUUCUGUCUUCCGGUUUGCUCACCGUGGCUUCACCUGUAGAUUUGGAAGUAUGUCCUCUGGGGCAGUUUCCAUGUGGGAACCUGUCGGUGUGUUUAGCGCAACCGAAACACUGCAACGGUCAACAGGACUGUCCAAAUGGAGCUGAUGAAGAGAACUGUGUGGAUAACAGCGGCUGGCCGCACCUGUUUGAUGCCUUCAUGAAGACCAGAGCUCAGGAACCUAAAGAGUGCAUGUUGGACGUGUACCCUGAGGUGUGUUAUUGUGAGGGUUGGAAAGUGAACUGCAACAAUAAAAACCUCCACCAUGUUCCAGCGGUUUCAUCUAACGUCACUGCACUAGAGCUGAACAGUAACGACCUGGUAUCUCUCCAUCCUGAUCUCUUCAUCCGCUACAGACACCUGGAGAGACUGCAUUUGGAAAAUAACAGUAUUGAGACAAUCUCUAAAAGAACUUUCUCUGGCCUCUUCUCCCUGAGAAAACUAUUUCUGAGUCAGAACAGGAUCUCAUCUCUGAAAACAGGACUCUUCACUGACCUCGGCAGUCUUGAGUGGCUGAUCCUGGAUGAGAACAGAAUUACUUCUUUACGUCAGAAGUCUUUUGAAGGCCUCAAGUCUUUAUUCUUCCUGUCUCUGCUGAAUAAUUCUGUGGAACAGCUACCCAAAACAUCUCUCUGCCUCGAGAUGCCUCGCCUCAACUGGCUGGAGCUGGAAGGUAACAAAAUUUCUUCUUUGUGGUCAUCCAGCUUUAAGAACUGCACAUCUCUGACAGUCCUGGCUUUAAGGAAGAACCGUAUCAGUACUAUAGAAGAUGGAACAUUUUCAAGCAUGCAUCAACUUAUAGACCUCGAUCUGUCCAUCAAUCAGAUUCUGGAUCUUCCUCCGUCUCUGUUUCACAGUCUUCACAAUGUCCGGCAGCUGAACAUCUCCAACAAUCCCUUGACGCACGUGUACGAAGACCAGUUUGACAGUUUCAUCAAUCUUCAGUCUCUGAGUAUGGAGGAAGUGGAGAUUCCCAACAUCAGCAUCCGAAUGUUCGGCUUUCUCAGCAACCUCUCUCACAUUUAUUUUAAACGUUUCGAGUACUGCAGCUAUUCUCCGAAUGUGCGGAGCUGCAAGCCAAACACAGAUGGAAUCUCGUCCUUCGAGAACUUGCUGGCUAACAUCAUCCUGCGCGUCUUCGUCUGGGUCGUAGCCUUCGCCAUCUGUUUUGGGAACGUCUUCGUGAUCUGUCUACGUUCCUGCGUGGGUUCGGAGAACGAGCAUCACACCAUGGCCAUCAAAUCUCUCUGCUGUGCAGACUGUUUAAUGGGCGUAUACCUUUUCUUCAUCGGUGCCUUCGAUGUAAAGUACUGUGGCGAGUACAAUCGCCACGCCCACGUCUGGAUGGAAAGCCUGUCCUGCCAGCUGAUUGGCUCCCUGGCGCUGCUGUCCACAGAGGUGUCAGUGAUGAUGCUGACGUACAUGACACUGGAGAAGUACGUGUGCAUCGUCUUCCCGUUCCAUCAUUACCGCGCCGGACGCAAGCGCACGCUCUGCUCGCUCACGUCCAUCUGGGCUCUGGGCUUCGUCCUGGCGCUCGCCCCGUUCUGCGACAGACACACGUUCGGGAACUUUUACGGCCGCAACGGCGUGUGUUUCCCGCUGCACUCGGACCAGGCGGAGAAGCCGGGGGCACGCUGCUACUCCACCGGCAUCUUCCUGGGUCUGAACCUGUUAGCCUUCAUCCUGAUCGUCUUCUCCUACUCCAGCAUGUUCUACUCCAUCCAGAAAACGGCAAAGUCCGCCAGACAGACGACCUUUGACCUGGAAGUUUCUGUGGCAAAGCGCUUCUUCUUCAUCGUCUUCACCGACGCCGUGUGCUGGAUCCCCAUCUUCCUGCUGAAGAUCCUCUCUCUUCUGCAAGUGCAGAUCACUGGAACACUCAUCUUGUGGGUGGUGAUCUUCAUUCUGCCCAUCAACAGUGCUCUGAACCCGAUCCUCUACACCAUCACCACCAGCGCCUUCCAGGAGCGCCUCCGAGUGUGUGUGCGCUUCCAGUGCAUGGACAACCACUGACUACACACACAUACACACACACACACACAUACACACACACACACACACAAACACACAAUAUCUACAAACACACAUAGUGUCUAAGCAGCUACAGUGUGUAUGUUUGUGUUUUUGUGUUUGUGUGUGUCUCAGAAAAGACAAUGUGUGUGUGAAGUUAGAACGGUAUGUUAAGAGUGUGUGUGUGUGUGUGUGUGUGUGCUUAAUAGAAAAAUAAUGAGUGACGGAGUGUGUUUGUCAGAAUGUGUUGGAGUGUAUGAGUGUCUCAGAGUGUGUGUCAGAAUUCAUGUAUGCGUCUCAGAGAGAGAGAGAGAAAGAGGGAGAGAGAAUGUCUGUGUGUGUGUGUGUGUGUCAGAGUAAUAAGAUGUAGCGAGACAGUGUGUGUGUGUGUGUGUGUCAGAGUAAUAAGAUGUAGCGAGACAGUGUGUGUGUGUGUGUGUGUGUGUCAGAGUAAUAAGAUGUAGCGAGACAGUGUGUGUGUGUGUGUGUGUGUCAGAGUAAUAAGAUGUAGCGAGACAGUGUGUGUGUGUGUGUGUGUGUGUGUCAGAGUAAUAAGAUGUAGCGAGACAGUGUGUGUGUGUGUGUGUGUGUGUGUGUCAGAGUAAUAAGAUGUAGCGAGACAGUGUGUGUGUGUGUGUGUGUGUGUGUGUGUCAGAGUAAUAAGAUGUAGCGAGACAGUGUGUGUGUGUGUGUGUGUCAGAGUAAUAAGAUGUAGCGAGACAGUGUGUGUGUGUGUGUGUGUGUGUGUGUGUGUCAGAGUAAUAAGAUGUAGCGAGACAGUGUGUGUGUGUGUGUGUGUGUGUCAGAGUAAUAAGAUGUAGCGAGACAGUGUGUGUGUGUGUGUGUGUGUGUGUGUGUGUGUGUGUCAGAGUAAUAAGAUGUAGCGAGACAGUGUGUGUGUGUGUGUUUCAGAAUUCAUGUAUGCAUCUCAGAGAGUGUGUGUGCGAGUCAUAAGAUGUGUGUUAGGGAGAGUGUGUGUGUGUGUGUGUGUGUGUGUGUGUGUGUGUUUAUGGAAAUACAAAUCUGGGAUCUUUUUUUGGUUCCAUCCUGAAAAACAAUUCUUGCAAACAUGCCAAGCUGAACACACACACACACACACACACACACACACUAUGUUCUAUCUGAAUAGUUGGGAGAAAAAUGUAUAAUAAAUGUUAUGUAAUAAAAUACUUACAUUAAAUAAUAAAGUUAUAAA